GCCGCCGUCAUCUCACCGCACUCUAUUCUUUCCUCCGAAUUAAACCCUAUAUUUUUACCUUCAAAAAACUAAUUCAUACGCGCCGGAAGAUGGAGGGUUCGUCGGAGAAGUUCUUGCAGCAACUGAUACUGUACGCGGCGAGCGCUGCCCUGAGUUGCUUGGUGCUUUUUGCCGGCCUCCGACACCUCGACCCGAACCGGGAAGCAUCCAAGAAGGCGCUCGAGCACAAGAAGGAAAUAGCCAAGCGCUUGGGUCGUCCUCUCAUACAGACUACUCCUUAUGAGGAUGUAAUAGCUUGUGAUGUUAUAAAUCCUGACCACAUUGAUGUGAAAUUUGAUUCUAUUGGGGGGCUGGAAGCCAUAAAACAAGCCCUUUAUGAACUUGUGAUUCUUCCAUUGCGGAGACCUGAGUUGUUUUCACAUGGAAAGCUUCUUGGCCCUCAAAAAGGGGUUUUGUUAUAUGGGCCGCCUGGGACUGGGAAGACUAUGCUUGCCAAAGCUAUUGCCAAGGAGUCAGGAGCCGUGUUCAUUAAUGUGAGGAUAUCAAAUCUGAUGAGCAAGUGGUUUGGUGAUGCACAAAAGCUUGUUUCUGCUGUUUUUAGCUUGGCCUAUAAACUCCAGCCUGCCAUUAUAUUUAUUGAUGAGGUAGACAGUUUUUUGGGACAGCGGCGUAAUACAGAUCAUGAAGCAUUAACAAACAUGAAGACCGAAUUCAUGGCUUUAUGGGAUGGAUUUACCACAGAUCAGAAUGCACGAGUAAUGGUUCUUGCUGCGACAAAUCGCCCAUCAGAACUUGAUGAAGCAAUACUUAGGCGUCUUCCUCAGGCCUUUGAGAUUGGGAUACCUGACCAGAGAGAGAGAGCUGAAAUUCUGAAGGUGAUUUUGAAAGGUGAGAGGGUUGAAGAAACAAUUGACUAUGAUCGCGUAGCCAGAUUGUGCGAAGGUUACACUGGCUCGGAUCUCAUCGAACUCUGUAAGAAGGCAGCAUACUUCCCUAUCAGGGACCUACUGGAUGAGGAGAAGAAAGGAAAACGAUCCAAUGAACCAAGGCCAUUAUUUCAAUCCGAUUUGGAGAAAGUACUUGCCACAUCAACAAAGACUGGGGUUGCUGCAAAUGAGUAUAGGGGGUUAAGUUCACAAUUGUCCGAGUGGGCAAGGAGGGAGUCAGAUGAUUACCAGGUUCAAGCUGCAAUUAAUGAACUCUCCAGGCUAGUGGUUUCCCAAAUUGUUAACCUUCAAUCAGACUCCCAGGACUCCUGAAAUUCUCAAUUCCCUUUGUAGUCCAAUCAUUUGUAAAAUUAUGCCCAGAGAAAUUUAUUAUUUUCUUGUUAUUUUUAUCUUUGGGCUGAGUUCUGAGUUACUUAUCAACAUCGACCAGGCAUAAACCUUGAAUGGCAUACUAAUAGGAUUGUUAUUGUUAUAGUUGGCUAGAUUAGAAUCAACAUGUUGGGUCAUCUGAAUGAAUAAUUUCUUUUUCUACGGAUGUAAAAAUUUGAACUGAGCGUGAUACAUUAAUAACUGAAUCUUUCUUUU